AUGAAAUAAAAAAAUAUAGAAAUUGAAGAAGAACUUCGAGAAGCAAAGUUUGCUGAUUAUAAAUAAAUUAAAAAUAAAUUCUUGUCUAAAUUUAGAAAACCAUAAAGUCUAGAAGUUUAUAAUUAGAUUAGAAAGAAUCGUAUAUAUUUAAAUAAAAACCAAGCAUUUUAAUUAAGCCAAGAAUUUCAUGAAAAUGAAUUAAAAUGUAAAAUAUGUAAAGAUUAUUACAUUAAAUUUACAAUUGCUUAAUGUGGUCAUUCAUUUUGUUAUUAUUGCAUUUUUGAACAUUUACUUAAAUCUCAUGUAUAUUUUUAUUAUAUUUAAGAGAUGCCCAUGUUGUCAAACAGUUUUGAAAGGUUUAUAAUUUAUCUAUUGUAAGACAAUAGAUUAAUUUAUUCAGAAUAGUAAAAUACUUUAAAAUAAUACAACUAUACUAAAUAGAAAGAAAGAAUUUAAAGAAUGGAAAAUGAAAAAGAAGUUAACUAAUUUUAAAUUAGGAGAUUCUUUAGAUGUUUUAGAUACUGAACAUAUAUGGUGCAUUGGAUAGAUAAUUAAUAUUAGGAACCAAAAAGAAAUGCUUGUUCAUUAUUAAGGAUGGAAUAAGGCUUAUGAUGAAUACAUUUCAAUCUCAUCACCACGUUUAUCUCCUUUGGGACUAUUUACUAAUAGAACUGGUAUUAUUAAAUUAUAAAGAAGAUAUUUUAUUAUAUUAACCAAGUUUAAAUGAUAAUGCAAUGUCUAAUUAUGUCAGAUAAAUUGAAUCUCAAAAUUAAGAGAACGAUUAAUUUAAUUAUUUAAUAUUAUAGCAACAAACAUAAAAUUCAAACAUUAUUUUUGCCAUUGAAUCACCAAGUAGAACUACAUUAUCAAGUUUAUUAUAAUUAGUUAUCAUCAUUAGAGAAAUACAUGAUGAAUUACAUAAUGAUUGA